AUGGCGGCUGAGAACAUUUUUAAAGGUGAAGCUAUGGAAGAAAAAGGAGAGCGUGCCAGAUUGGCAUCGCUUAUUGGUGGCAUGGCAAUUGCUGACUUGGUCAAAACAACUUUGGGGCCAAAAGGAAUGGAUAAAAUUUUACAAUCAACAGGCAGAGGUCAUGAAGUCACAGUCACAAAUGAUGGGGCCACCAUCCUCAAGUCACUACACAUUGACAACCCAGCUGCUAAAAUCCUUGUUGACAUCUCAAAAGUUCAAGAUGAUGAAGUUGGUGAUGGGACAACUACUGUAGCUGUUUUGGCGGGGGAACUCUUAAGGGAGGCAGAAAAGCUGUUGGCAGCAAAAAUUCACCCCAUAACAAUAAUAGCAGGUUUCCGCAUGGCAGCAGAAUGUGCCCUCAAUGCUUUGUUGCAAAAGGUUGUGGAUAACAAAGAGAAUGAAGAGAAAUUCAAGGCUGACUUGAUGAAGAUUGCAAGGACUACUUUGAGUUCCAAAAUACUAUCACAGGAUAAGGAAUAUUUUGCAAAACUGGCUGUUGAUGCUGUUAUGAGGUUAAAGGGUAGCACAGACUUAGAGGCCAUUCAGAUUAUCAAAAAGCCUGGAGGAUCACUGACUGAUUCCUUCUUAGAUGAAGGAUUUAUUCUUGACAAGAAAAUUGGUGUGGGACAACCGAAGCGAAUAGAGAAUGCAAAGAUUUUGGUGGCCAAUACUGCAAUGGACACAGACAAAGUAAAAAUCUAUGGGGCACGUGUUCGUGUCGAUUCAAUGUCUAGGGUUGCUGAAAUCGAAGCAGCUGAGAAGCAAAAAAUGAAAGAGAAGGUGGAUAAGAUAAUAGCCCAUGGGAUUAACUGCUUUGUUAACAGGCAGUUGAUUUACAAUUUCCCUGAAGAACUCUUUGCAAAUGCUGGAGUACUUGCAAUUGAGCAUGCUGAUUUUGAUGGAAUUGAACGUCUUGCUUUAGUGACUGGUGGUGAAAUUGCAUCAACAUUUGAUAAUCCAGAGUCAGUUAAGCUUGGUCACUGCAAGCUUAUUGAGGAAAUUAUGAUUGGUGAGGAUAAGUUGAUUCACUUUUCUGGUGUUGAGAUGGGCCAGGCUUGUACUAUAGUACUGAGAGGUGCAAGCCAUCAUGUGCUCGAUGAGGCAGAAAGGUCUCUGCAUGAUGCCCUGUGUGUGCUGUCUCAGACUGUCAAUGACAGCAGGGUUUUACUUGGAGGUGGAUGGCCUGAGAUGGUGAUGGCAAAGGAAGUCGAUGAAUUAGCCCGAGUAACUCCUGGGAAGAAGUCUCAUGCUAUUGAAGCUUUCUCAAGGGCACUCGUUGCAAUUCCUACUAUCAUUGCAGACAAUGCUGGUUUAGACAGUGCGGAGUUGGUAGCUCAGCUCCGGGCAGAGCACUACAAGGAGGGGUGCACAGCAGGAAUUGAUGCGAUCUCUGGAUCUAUAGGAGAUAUGGUAGAGCUUGGCAUUUCUGAAGCAUUCAAAGUUAAGCAGGCCAUCCUGCUCUCUGCAACUGAAGCUGCUGAGAUGAUUCUUAGAGUGGAUGAAAUCAUCACUUCUGCUCCACGUAGGAGAGAAGACAGAAUGUGA